AUGCUCAUCAUUCCUGCUGCCGCUCCUGACAUGGAAACAUCAUCAAUACUCGCAGCAUUUGUGGUGGCGGUGGUUAUGCGCGCAUGGGAUCCAGAAGCACACAGGUUAGACUCGCGAGAAGCUCUAGAACUAUCGUUUACAUUUCAUGUAUUGAGAGCUGAAGAGCUCGCCUACGAACAGCUUUUGUCGAGCGAAGAAUGGCUUGGAGAAGGGAGCAAGAGAAAAUCGCUUAUAUCGGAAGAUAUAUUGAAUCUGGCAGCUGAUAACAUUAGGAAGAAUUAUCGUAGAAAAGAAACAAAUGUCAGGAAGGAACAGUUCGAUCGCGUUACGAGCAUAACAACGUGGCGUCGUGACCGAUAUAGCGAUACGGCAAUCACAUUUACGAUGUCUACACAAAAACCAUUCGGUUUGCCGUGGUCAGGUGACGCACCCGUGAACAGCUCGUCGUUUCCACGAUUCAAAGAUCUCAGCACUGGCAGAAAAUCUCAGCCAUUCACAUCUGCAGCUGAUUUGAUGAUGGCAGAGUAUUCUCCCUAUAGUCAGACGAAAGUAAAUUUACUGGAAGCGUUCAACAGCGAUAUACGCAUGCUAAUUGCUAAACGGACGACCCGGGCAAGCUUGUUCGACAUACCAACGAAAAGCAUUCUAUGA